CAUCACUCCACUCCGCUCCACUUCACUUCACUUCUACUUUACCUCACUUUAUCUACCUCACUUCACUUCACUUACUUUUCUUCUCCACAGAUGGCUCCAUGGCUCCCACCCCUGCGCUCACAGACCACACCAGCCUUAUCGCCGUGCUCGACAACGGGAUUCGGAGGUUUUCCAGCGGAUUCUCCCUCCUGGAAGAUCUCGAGGAAAACAGGCUAUCAAAGGCAGUAGCCGUCGUCGGGGACGACCCGGACACGAUCAUUGGCAACAAUCACCGCAAAAGAGCUAGGACGAUCCUCGUCAAGCUCUUGUCCAUUUCCCUCGAAGUCUUCUUCCUGUGCGCCAUCGGCACCACCCUAGAUGCGCUCAGCAAACUACGCUGGAACCUGCGCGGCAAACGGGCACGCGCUACGACUACCGAUAUCUACGCCAAUGCUGUUUCCAAUUGGUGGCGCACCGUGGCCAGGCCAGAGGGCCUGGAUCAGGCGAUCAAGCACUACGCCGCUCGGCUCCCUGGCACAGCUGCACCGCCAGACCGGCCAGAGAGCCUGGACCAGGAGACGGAACACCACGACGAUUUACCCUAUGGGGCGAUGCCGCAGGGAGGGGUGUCUCUGACAAUGCCCCUGCACGACCUGCUGGAUUUUCUGAAGGACAAGUACACGGACGCACCGGUGCAGAUCAACUGCCCAUUCGACGAGUGCUCUCCACCCUCUGUCGAGUUUGGACCGGCGGGAUGGGGCAUGAGGAUGGAGUUCGGCCUGGGCAUUGCAAAGGCGGUCGUGGAGCACGGCAUGCAGAGGGAGGCCACCUAUAUUCAGCCAGCGGAACAAAGCCAGUAGUGUGUUUUACUACAUUAAUAUAAGACGAUACGUCGGCCUGCCUAGUGUCAUGCACCAGUUGCCAGCGUCCACGACGAGGAGGAAAUGCUCGUCCUUGAGAUGCCGCCCCGUUUCCACGUUUUCCGUCUUGACGUUGCUGUACAUCUCGCCGCCCACCCGCACCGCGCCGUUCUCGCUGUGCACCCUGACCACUACGCCGCAGAGCUUCCGCCCCUGCGGCAGGCCCUUUUGAAGAGAGGAAAACUGACCCGUCCCGACCUCCCAGUCUCCGAGCAUUGGGUCGGUGGACGGGAA